GAGGCACCAGGCCUAUGAUCUUAAUUUUACAGAUAGGGAAACUGAGGCAUAGAGAAAGGAAAUGACUUGGCAAAGCUCACACAGCAGGUGUUACCGCAGGGGCUGGGGAGAAGGGAUUGCACAAGCCCACAAACAAGAGGAACCAAGUCCAGCAGGGCAGGCCAAGAGCCUAGCAGCAACCUAGCUAUGUGGGAUAGUGGCAUCGCAAGACCCUCCCACGCCCUCUGGGCUUACUUAACCCCUAGAGCCUCAGGCAUCAGCACUCACCAUCCUCCCCCAGCGUGAAGGAGCAAAGAGAGCCAUCAUGGGGAGCACCAGCCUGCUGCUCCUUGUGCUCAUCCCGGCAGGUGCCCUGGGGAGCUGGAUUAUCGGGGGGAAUGAAGUCAAGCCCCAUUCCCGGCCCUACAUUGCUUCCAUCCAGCUGGAUGGCCAGCACGUCUGCGGGGGAUUCCUGGUCUGGCACAAGUGGGUGAUGACGGCGGCUCACUGUGUGAUUCCCAAACACUCCCCCACCUUGCGCGUCGUGCUGGGGGCUCACUCCCUGAAACACCAGGAGGCCUCUCAGCAGAUCUUCAGCAUCCGGAAAUCCAUCAUGCACCCGCACUUCAACACCCGGACGGUCCACAAUGACAUCCGCAUGCUGGAACUGAACAAGUCGGCCAUCUUUACCCAGUUUGUGAAGCGGAUCAGGCUCCCCCGACCCAACACCGACCUCCCUCCUGGGGUCAUCUGCAGAGUGCUGGGCUGGGGCGACACCUCCAAUUUUGGCACCAUCCCCACCGAGCUCAGGGAGACCAAGACGACCAUCGUGGACAGGAAGAUCUGCAACGCGCUGUGGGUGGGUCACGUCAACAAGGACAUGCUGUGUGCGGCCAGCCUCAACAGCACCCUCCAGGGGGUCUGCUCGGGUGAUUCCGGGGGCCCCCUCGUCUGUGGGGCCAGAGUACAUGGCAUAGUCUCCUUCUCCGGGCAGAGGUGUGGGAAUCGCAGGUACCCAGACAUCUACACUCGGAUUUCCAAGUAUAUCUCCUGGGUCCAGGAUGUGCUGAAGCGCUUUUAAUACUGGAGACGAGAGCUGUGGGGGCUCCUUGUGUGACAGACAUUCUGAAGAGGGGGCAGUUGGGACUAUGAAAAAGAGGGAGGGAUCUUUCUCUAUUGGGCAGUUAACAUGCAUUUCACUAUAAAGUCUAUGGGGUCUGGUGUUUAGGAUGGAAGGAAUGUGCAUCAGGACUCCUGUGUUCUAUUCCCAGCUCUGUGAGGGGCAUGUGGUCUAGUGGCAACUAGCAGUCAGGGCUUCUGUGUUUUAUUCCCACUUGCCCACUGACCGCUCUUGGGAUAAGUCCCUUCCUCACACUGUGCCUCAGUUUCCCCAUCUGUACCAUGGGGAGAAAGGUACCUACCUCACAGGGCUGUUGGGCACCUCAUGAGUUAGUAUCUGUGAAGUGCUUGGAGAUGCUCAGGUGAAAGGGGUAGACAGGUGAUGCCCAUAAUGUUGCCUGAGAUAUUUUAGGAUGAGCCUAGCUCUCUGGGCCCACAGUUUCCUGUCCUACGCAGCCUCACGAAAUGGGUGUACAGAAGGAUACAUGCCUUUCCCAGACUGCCUGGAGGAUCAUCACCUAAUCCACGUAUGCUGCUUGAUGUAAUAUAACAGCCCAGGUGGGUCAGCUGCACCUAGGAUUGAACCUGCAACCUUUGGAUCUAAGCACACAGCCCUUUAUGGACUGAGCUAGAAAAGCCACCUCUGUGUCCACUUCACAACCUCUAUGUAGCCCAGCCACUAGCAGUGACACAGACCCCCACUGCUGGCCUGAGUUACACCUAAAUCCUUUUCACUGUGCUGUCCCAGACAGCCACCCCAAGGCAGCGUGGGCCCCACUCUCACGCUGAUCAGUAUCACAGCCUCUGGGCCCACAACGCUGGAGCGUUCCACUUACAGACCUUCGCUCAGAUGGCACCUGAAAACCUGGCAGAGGCUGAUCCAUCCCGUUACCUCCACUGACACCUGCCCUGUGGUCUAGUAUCCCUCCAGCCAUCACCCUGCAGGGACAGAAACGCUUCGCUGGCAGAAGCUGGAAUGGCCAUCGCUGCUCGCACCUCAAAAAAGGGGUCAGUGGAUCCCUGAGCUCGGGCCCUGUUUGUUUGCCUCUGCUGCCUUUGGAGAUUUCCAGCCUAAGAAGGCAGCGGGGUGGAGCUACAUACAAGGAGCCUCUCCCCAGCCCUGUGUGCAAGAGCAGCCACAUGCUUGGUCCUUGCAGCCCUGGCAUGCCUGGGGUGAGCCCCCUGCACUGGUAGAAAUUGAGGGGAAGGGAUUCAUUGCACCAGGAUAGCUGGGACACCCAGGCUGGGCCUGUAGCUGGGGCCAGCCUUGGAGCAGAUCCUCAGGAGCAGUGGCUCUCCAACUGCACUCCGUGUUAGGGGGUUGGGUGCACCUGAGCCGGGCAGGGGGUCAGUGGAUCAAGGGGGCAGGUCUCACCUCCGGAGACAGAGUAAGAGCCCAUUGGUAUGCCCGUAGCGCAAUAAGGGACCUGCUGCUCUCUGGUCUGCCAGCAGGGGCCGAAUUUGGCUGCAUUACUUACAGCCUGAUCCAAAACCCACAGAACUCAGCGGAAAGAGCCCCAGCGCACAUCUACCCUGCAAAGAAAGGGGCCGGGAUAGAGACAGCCUCACUGCAUCAAUGACUACCACAGGCAUAACCUGUGAAUGCGACAACGAAACAUUUGUCUGGCUGCUGCUAGGGGGCGCUAUGCUGCUAGAGACACUAUUUCAGAGGCGACUGACGCCCCGUCCCUUUGUAACCAUUAAAUAACCUCUGGCAAAAGUCAGGGUGUCAGGUUAACCGCUAGCCCAUACCCCCUUCCACAGCUAGGUAUAGAGCCAGCAAUCCUGCCCCCGCCCCCACCAAAUCCUGCUGCAACCACUAGAUCACACUGCCUCCCCCAGAAC